AUGUCAGAGUCAGACGGCGAUUAUUUUUCCGACUCAGAUGUCGAGCCUGUGCCACGCAAGAAAAGCAAAACCAGUGAAUCUACACCACCUUCGUCCAAUGGAACCCCAGGCCCAAGAUCCAAUGCAUCAGAGCAGUACCAAAAGUUAUCGCAGUUGGAGCAUAUCUUGAAAAGACCCGAUACGUACAUUGGGUCUGUGGAAAAGAACAAAGUGGAAAUGUGGUGUUUUGACAGCGAGAGCGAGUCCAUGGUCUUCAAAGAAGUCACGAUCGUGCCCGGUCUUUACAAAAUCUUCGAUGAGAUCUUGGUCAAUGCUGCCGACAACAAGAUUCGUGAUCCGAGCAUGAAAAACAUCAAGGUCAACGUGGACGCACCCAACAACACCAUCCUGGUGAUGAACGAUGGUCGCGGAAUCCCUGUGGAAAUCCACACCAAGGAGCAGAUGUACAUUCCGGAGAUGAUUUUUGGAAAUUUGCUCACGUCUUCAAACUACGACGACGACCAGAAGAAAGUCACUGGUGGACGUAACGGUUUUGGUGCCAAGCUCUGUAACAUUUUCUCCACGGAAUUUACUGUCGAAACAGCCGACCAAAACACAGGCAAACUCUAUAUCCAGACUUGGACAGACAACAUGUCCAAAGUCGGUAAGCCAAAAAUCACAAAGGUAAAAAACAAAAAGGAAUACACAAAAGUCACAUUCAAGCCAGACUUGACGAAGUUCAACAUGGACGCGUUGGACGAAGAUAUCCUUGCCGUUCUUAAUAGAAGAGUUUAUGACUUGUGCGGAACGGUGAAAGACUGCAAUAUCUACUUGAACGAGAAAAAAUUGGCUAUUCGAAACUUCAAAGGCUACGUUGAGAUGUACGUUAAAGCAAUUCAAGCCAGAAGCCCGCAAAUCGCAGGCGAUGUCACCGCUCCAUCAAUUGUAUAUGAACAAGUGAAUGAGAGAUGGGAGCUAGCCUUUGCCGUCAGCGACGGAAACUUCAAUCAAGUGAGUUUUGUCAACUCCAUCGCUACAACGGCCGGAGGAACGCAUGUGAAGUACGUGACAGAUCAAAUUAUCGACAAGUUAUUGGCCGAAUUAAACAAGCAAGAAAAAGGGAAGAAAAAACUUAUGAUCAAAGCCAAUCAAAUUAAAAAUCACAUUUUCAUCUUCGUCAACUGUUUAAUCGAGAACCCUGCUUUUACCUCUCAAACAAAAGAGCAGCUCACAACCAGAGCAAGUCAGUUUGCGUCCAAGCAAAAAGAUAAAGUGACAAUCACUGACCAGUUCAUCAAGAAAAUCCUCAAAACAAAUAUCCGUGAAACCAUUCAGAGCAUUGUCGAUGCUAAUGAGGGAAAGGCAUUGCUGAAGGAUGAUGGAAAAAGAAGAACUCGAAUCAAAGAUCAAGCGAAGUUAGUGGAUGCAAACAAAGCUGGAACAAAGGAGGGUCACAAGUGUACAUUGAUCUUAACUGAGGGUGACUCCGCAAAGUCCUUGGCUGUGGCAGGUAUGGCCGUUAUUGGACGCGAUUACUAUGGAUGUUUUCCGCUUAGAGGUAAGUUGCUCAAUGUGAGAGACGCAUCGACAGAACAGAUUGCCAAAAAUGCAGAAAUCACAGCGUUGAAACAGAUCAUCGGCUUGCAGCAUCGCAAACACUACACCCUUGAGAAUAUCAAGGAUUUACGAUAUGGCCAUGUGAUGAUCAUGACGGAUCAGGACCACGAUGGCUCUCAUAUUAAAGGUUUACUUAUCAAUUUCUUUGAGUCAAGUUUCCCGGGCUUGCUUAACAUCCCAGGCUUUUUACUUGAGUUCAUCACACCUAUCGUCAAAGUCACGAUCAAGGGAAGAGGAAGACAAGCAGCAAAUGUGAUUUCCUUUUAUUCUAUGCCAGAAUUUGAAGAGUGGAGAGAUACAGAGGGUACAAACUGCAGAUGGACCCACAAGUACUACAAGGGUUUGGGUACUUCUACGUCUGUUGAUGCAGUAGAGUAUUUCUCCAAGCUCGAUAAGCACUUGAAAGAGUUUCAUGCCUUGGAGCUGGAUGAACCUCCAUUGAUCGAAUUGGCCUUUUCGAAAAAGAAGGCUGAUGAUAGAAAAGAGUGGUUACAAGGAUUUCAACCGGGCACUUUCCUUGAUUCGGACAUGAAGGUGAUUCCCAUCAAGAAUUUCAUUAACGAAGAGUUGAUUUUGGUUUUCCAUGGCUGGAUAAUAUCAGAUCCAUUCCUUCAUGUUUGGAAUGGUUUCCAACCUGGGCCAAAGAAAAGUCAUGUUUGGUUGUUUCAGAAGAAUUUGGUCAAUUGA